GUAAAAUACUGAAGAUAUGUUACAUUAGUUCAAGUGCCCCUUACGUACGCAAAUGGAUAAUGAAGAUAAAAACUGAGAUACUCACAAAAUUAUAAAAGAUCAUACAGAUGGAUUUAUUGUUAAAUUGAAUUUUUAAUUUUUUUAAAUUUCAUCAUUACUGUCUGUUACUUGAACUAUUAAUAACCCGCGGUUUUUCGAUUACUUAGUAUGCACAUAAAUCAUGAUUUAUUCUGGGUUUUAAUAAAGCCUCAUUGACCGCUGUAAUCUCUGUUUCACCUCAUAGAUUUAUUGAAAUGGUGAUUUGUGAAUCUUUCAAUAUUUACUUAUCAUUCGUUUCUAUAUUCUGGUCAUUCUUAUUUUCACCACAUAUCUAUGGUUAUUUAAUUGGAGCCGGAAUAUAUGACAUAACUGGUCCAAUAACCGAUAUCAAUAUGAUGGGCUAUGGUAAUAUGAAACAAAAUGAUAAUGGACUUCAUUUAAGAUUAUUUAGUCGUGCAUUUAUUAUUCAAGAGAAUUCUAGUUCACAACCAAUUGUCAUUGUUAUAAUAGAUGCUGGUAUGGUAUCACAAGCCGUUAAAAUUAAAGUCAUCGAUAAUUUAAAAAGUCGAUACGAUAAUGGGUUAUUUACACAUCAAAAUGUUUUAAUUAGUGCAACACAUACUCAUUCCGGUCCUGCUGGUUAUUUACAAUAUGUUCUAUAUUCAUUUACGUCUCUUGGAUACGUUCCUGAAACAUUUCAACCAUUAGUUGAAGGAAUUGUUAAGAGUAUUGAUUUAGCUUAUUCUAAUAUGAAAGAAGGAAAAAUAUUAAAAGCUGAAGGAGAUUUACAUAAUGCUAGUAUCAAUCGUAGUCCAGCGGCUUAUUUAAAGAAUCCAGUAGAAGAACAAGCUCGGUAUGAUGAAAAUAUAGAUAAAAAUAUGAUUUUAUUAAAAUUUGUUACAAUGUAUAAUACACCAAUCGGAAUGAUCAAUUGGUUUGCUGUACAUCCAGUCAGUAUGAAUUCUACGAAUACUUUAGUUAGCAGUGAUAAUAAAGGAUUAGCAUCAAUUUUAUUUGAACAAAAAAUGAAUCAUAACCAAAUGUUAGGAAAAGGUCCAUUUGUUGCUGCAUUCGCUCAAGCUAAUGAAGGUGAUGUUUCACCAAAUACUGCUGGUCCACGUUGUAUUGACACUGGUUUACCAUGUGAUUUUGUGCAUAGUAGUUGUGGUGGUCGUGCACAAAAUUGUAUUGCAUACGGUCCUGGUUCAGAUAUGUUUGAAAGUACAAAACUAAUUGCAUACAAGCAAUUUGAAAAAGCAUGGUUAUUGUUUAAUAAUGCUACUACUGAGAUAAAUGGACCUAUUAACUUUAUUCAUCAAUUUAUUGACAUGACAAAUAUAAGUUUAAAUUAUAAAAAUUAUUCAGGUCAUACAUGUGAACCAGCCAUGGGUUUUAGUUUUGCUGCUGGUACAACUGAUGGUCCAGGAGAUUUUGAUUUUAUUCAAGGUAUUACACAUGGUAGUUUAUUUUGGCGGAUUGUUCGAAAUUUUAUUAAAACACCAAGUGAAAAAUUGAUUAAGUGCCAAGCUCCAAAACCAGUUCUUCUUGCUACCGGUGAAAUGAAUACUCCUUAUCCUUGGCAACCGUCUAUUGUUGAAACUCAAAUUGUAUCGAUUGGAUCUCUUUUAAUUGUUGCCUUACCUGGUGAAUUUACCACAAUGUCUGGAAGACGUAUUCGUGAAGCAGUGAUUGAAGCUGCUAAUAAUGCUUCUAAACAGAAUGAUCCAAGUUCAACUACACAAUAUGAAGUAAUUCUUUCUGGUCUGUCAAAUGUUUACUCAAGUUAUAUUGCAACUCCUGAAGAAUAUCAACUUCAACGAUAUGAAGGUGCAUCUACUAUUUAUGGUCCACUUACACUUCCUGCUUAUGUUAAUCAAUUCAGUUUUUUAGCAGAAGCAUUAGUUAAAGUAUGUUUUAACCAAUUCAUUACAGUGAUUAUUAUUAGUCAUGACUUUUUUAAUGCGUUUAAAAUAUACGGGAAAAACUAUACUAUUCAGUCUACUGAAAAAUUUAAUACUUUCACACACAAACCAAGAUGUUAGCUUUCAUUAAUUUAUUUGUCUAUAAAAAGGUUUUCAAUAUUUGUUACGUAAUUCACUGUUAGGUUGACAUUAGGCCUACGGCAAUUAAGAUUUCGUACUCCCCUUUUCUUAGAAAUUGUAGGGUGUGAAAAAAAAUUCAUUGAUCGUUGAUUGGUGUACUUGUUUUGCUAGUGUGUAGUGAAGUGAAAAUGAACAAACAUUUUGUCAUCUUUAAUAAUUUUGUUAUUGGUCGUAAACUGUUCAUAUUUGCAAUAUGAUUAGUUGAAAUCGAAAUCGCAUCUCGAGCUGUGAUUGGAUGUCAGAAUAACAAUAACAUCACAGAAACGAACUGUCAAAUUCAUUUGCUCAGCAGUCAUGAAGAAAAAAUACGAUAGACAGUUAUCAUCGUCUAGUUCGUAUUCGCAAAGCCCGCCCAAGGAUGUUAUGUGAGCUUGUAAUUUUCCGUAAUCACCUAUAGUGUACAUUAUAAAUUGGCAAAUUGCUUACCAGGAAGGUUCGCGCGUGCGAACACUUUGUACCGCAUAUUACAGACAUCUUGAUCUGUCAGACGUUUCCUAAAAGAUUGGUAAGCAAAACUCUUUAUGUGGAAUGGAGCGGUACCAGAUAUCAGUAGCGGUCUCACAAUUUGAAACUCCCCAUCCGUUAACCUGCGCACCCAUGAAUUACCUUGGUACCUCAGGGAAGUGCACUCGUGGUUGUGAUGCACAUUCCCACGUACAACAAUCCAGUAGCCGUCUAUGAUCUUACAAUACAUGAAGGCCGGACAUUGAGUGUUCAUGGAAGCCCUUCAUGACCAAAAAUUUUAAGAACAUUAAUCAAUUUACCUCCUCCGUCUGAUCCGCUGUGACGAACCGAUAGAUGUUAUACGACCAUGUCCCCAGCAUACAAAUUUAAUAUACGAGUUUUCAUCUCUGCACAAAUGCGAAUCUCGAACUAUAUAAUGACUGUAAGUCGACCUUUCAUAAUUUGUGAUAGCGGACUUCAACGCUUCAAGCGAUGGGAACGCAACGAGAAACAAUGUAGUCAAAAAGACUUUCUUCAUUUCCGUUACGUUAGAAACAACAGCGCUUGUACUCGGAACGUUACUCUCCUCCAUAAUGAUGAUUAAAAUGUACUUCGUCGACAAGUACUGAUGUUUUAUAACUAUUUGACAAUACAUAACUAACCAACUGAAACGAAUUAUGAAAAUAGCGUUUUCAUUGGACGAAACGGUAUGAAAAAUAUUGUAAUUUUGGGGUCGAAAAAAAUUUUUUAAAAAAAGGGUGGGGUUUUUUUUUAAAAAAAUGCCGUAGGGAUAAUUAAAACCACUAUGUUAUGUGUACUUAUUUUAUUUGAAACAAACUUCACUCAUCUGUUUCCAGAAGCUUUCAUAAUUAGAACUGUUAUAAAUUGUCAAUUGAUUGCUACUUGUUAUAUCUGGUCGUCGCUGAUUGUUAUGUCGGAAACGCUUAUCACUUAUAUUCAGAACAAGGGACCUCCACAAUUCCCAUGACGCGAAAGUAAAAACACAAAGACUGGUAUAAAUGAAGAUUUAUUAACCCCAAAACACGACCACCACGACGACCCUAAUCGAAAAUACACUCAUCUAUAUAUUGAUUGUACGCACACUUUGAUUAGUAAUUAGGGUGAAAUCACAUAUAUGAAAAAUACUCAGUUAUAACAAACCACAUACUGAGCAUAGUUCAUGUCAAUUGAAUGCAAGAAUAUCGUAUAUUAUACAGAAUAAAAUAUCAUACGAGAAAACAACAAAAACUAGAUUGAAUAAUCAUCACAUCAAAUCAUAACGGAAGUAAUGUUGAACAAAACUCAAAAUAAGUAAAGCAAUCGAAUUUUGACAUCUUUCAGUCAUUUCAGGGACACUCAAGAAUCAAGUGAAAUGUACCAUUUAUACAUUUCUGAGUUUUAAAUAACCUUACUACGACAAAAAGUUUCUCCCGGAACAGUUGCUCCAUAUUUUUUCAAUGAAGAAUUCAGUUUUGUGCCGAAAAUUUUAUUUGAUACAGCACCAUUAGGAAAACCAUUUGGUGCUGUAAUUAAACAACCAAAUUCAACUUACUAUAAUAAAAAUGAUAUUGUUGAAGUACGUUUUGUCACUGCUUCACCACGUAAUAAUGUACUUUUAAAUGGAACAUAUCUUACUAUUGAAUUAUAUAACAAAACAUUAGAUAAAUGGAAUAUUCUGUAUACAGAUGCUAAUUGGGAAACAAACCAAAAUACGUCUUCCACAUUUUCUAUCAUUUGUCGAAUUACAUCCUCAAUAUUAGUUGAAUUUAUGAGCCAUGUUUUCUUCAGAUGUAUGCCAACAUAUGUUAACCUGAAAUUUUGUAUUUGUUUCGUGAUGGUUUUAAAGAUUUAUUUGGAGUCGAGAUGGAUUUUUAACAUGGUUACUUGGUCGAAGUUAUGCUAUUAUAGAAUGGACAAUUAGUUCAAUUGAUGGUAUAUGUAUUCCUGGUAUUUAUAGAAUAAAACAUUAUGGCACAUCUAAAAAUAUAUUUGGUGAAAAAAAACAGUUUUCUGGUAUAACAAAUAAUUUCACAGUAUUAUGCUAAACACAAAAUAAUAAUGAAACUAUAAAUUGAAUUAAAUUAAUUUUUAGUUUCAUUUAUUUAUAAAUUCUGUUUUAUGUUUUAAUCUUUAAUAUUUUGAUAUUUCAUUUAUUCAUGUUGCACAGUUUUGUUUUUCUAAUAUAUAUAUUUUUUUUUAAAAAAAAUUCCUAAAUAUUCCCUUAAAUAAAAUACCUUUUAUAAAAUUGACAAAAGUACUUACUUACGCCUGUUACUUCCCGUAGAAGAGCAUAGGCCGCACACCAGCACACUCCAUCCAACCUUGUCCUAGGCAAUCCUUUCCAAUUGUUAUUUCAUCUUUUUCAUAUCUGGUUCGAUUUCCCGACGUAAUGUAUUCUCUGGUAACAAUAUUUUAACUUACUUAUCACAAAUCAAUCUAUACACAAUCAGUAUUUAUUUGAUAUUACCAUUUCUGUCUUUCUUAAAUGUAUCAUUUAUUUAUUUAUUAAGUUUGUCAAUUAAAUUAUAAAAAUUCUUUUUAUUAAUUUGUUUUAAAUGAUUAAGUUCUUUUCGAAUUUUUCAAUGAUCUUGAAGUCUCUUCAGUUUUCUUUUACAUAUAUAUGAUCAGUAUUUAUUGGUUUGAUAACAUUAUCUAAAUCUCAUUUUCUUCAGGUAAGACGAAUUAUAAAAAAAAUUCUUUAUAAAUUUACAUGAUCAUUGAUAAUAAAUUAGAUGAAAUUGAUUUUGUUGUUGAAUUUCAAAAAGACACUUUGUUUUAAUUAUUAUUAUUAUUAAACAAGAUUCAUGUAUUAUUCAUAAACAAAAUGGGAUUGAUUAACUAGUUUUACAUUUUGUGUGUUGUUUUAUAAAUGAACAAACAAUUAAGUUUUUUGUUGUUGUUAUUAUGAUUGAUUUCAUCAAACAAAAUAAAAUCAUAUUGUUCUAAAUUAUUCAAUGUUUUAUUUGUUAGGUUUUGUUUCAAUUCUUAAGUAAAUUGAUGCAGAAAAUGAAUUACAUUUAUUGCAAUAGUUUUUUCGGUCAAUGGUAUAUUA